AUGGCCUCUUGGAAGAUCAAGCCUUGCAGUGAAGUCACGCUGGAUUUUCUAAUUGAGCAAUGUGCAAAGCGCUACCCGAAUAUCCUACUACACUCACGCCAGGAGGCCCGUCAUCAGAAGGUCGUUGACCCUCUUACCGGCGAGCUUGUCGGAUAUGCCCGAUGGUUACUGCCUUCCACCCACGUUACUACGGAUGAUGGACGUCCACAAUGGAUUGAUGCUCAAGUCCCAGAUGUUACUGAGUUCGACAAGAAACGGUUUCAGCAAAUAGCAGAGUCCGCGUGGUGGAAUGGAAGAAGCGAUAUGCGAUCGAUCGAUGAUAUGAAUGACGCGGUAAUGGACCGUAUACUCGAGCAGAUGUCUUAUAUCAAGCUCGACUACUUGGCUGUUCAUCCCAAGGGCGAAGGCAAAGGAAUUGCUACAGCACCUGUUGCAAGCGGCAUCAAAGUAGCCGAAUCUAUCGAUGUGCCCAUCGUUACAAUGUCUUAUAAAGCAGGACGUGGAGUGUAUACGCGCUUAGGAUUUGAAGAGGUUGAUCGGGUAAUUCAGGAUGACUCGAAAUAUGGUGGUGCUGGUGAACAUGGGGCCUACUUCAUGAUAUAUAAUGUCAAUACCUAA